AUGGGCAUUUAGAUUCAAGAGUACUAUAAAAGAACGCCAUUCCCGGCCACAAUGACUUCGCAAUUAGUACAAGCACAAUGGCAUCUUCUCAAACAUUUACCACUCUCUUCAUCUUUUGUCUUGUAAGCCUCUCUUACGCUGCUUCAGGUCCUCCCAAACUGCCAAAACCGAAAGCCAUUCACCUUCCAAUUAGAAAAAAUCAAACAAGUCUCCAGUACUACACGACAUUUGAGUCUGGAAACGCUGAGGAACCUAACAUAAUCGACGCAUUGAUUGAUCUUGGAUCGAGAUCGGUUUGGUUUGAUUGUGCAUCCUAUGUGUCGUCUUCAUUUAAACGAGCAUCAUGUGGUUCAAACAAAUGUAAGAAGGCCAAGGGGUCAUCCUGUAUAGAGUGCAACAAGACUCCUAGACCAGGGUGCCCCAAAAAGGACACAUGUGCUGUGCUCACUUACGUCCCUUAUCUAGUAUACUACACGGAUCAGGUGCUUGGUGAAGAUACCAUGAGGGUAUAUUCGACCGAUGGUGCGUAUGUUUGGUUUAGUUACUACAUAAAAAAUUUCCAAUUCUCUUGUGCCCUCACCAUAGAGAGCUUACCUGGUGACCAUGCUAAAGGGUUGGCUGGCUUUGCAAAUGACGAUAUCUCAUUCCCAUCACAAAUUUCAUCUUCCUUAAAGUUAGCUAAAAAAUUUGCUCUUUGUUUACCUUCAUCAUCUGAUAGUGGAUUAGGGGAUAUAUUCAUUGGUGGAGGUCCAUAUUACAUGCUUCCUAGUAUCGAAGAUCAAUCUCUGUCACUAGUAACUACCCCACUAGUUGUCAAUCCGAUUGGCACUAACCCCUUUUUUGCAGAAGGAGAGCCUUCUCUUGAGUAUUUCAUCAAUGUCAAACACAUUGAAAUAAGUGGUAAACGUUUAGCUUUAAACUCAUCUCUGCUAUCUAUUGAUAAAAAUGGAGUUGGGGGAACAAAGAUUACUACCAUGCAACCUUAUACAAGUUUGGAGAUGUCCAUUUACAAACGUCUUCUUGAAGAUUUCGUCAAGGAAGCAUCACUGAAAAAAAUAAAAAGGGUAAAAUCUGUAGCACCUUUUGAGGCGUGCUUUGACUCAAAGACUGUUCCCAACACCAUAACUGGACCAGCAGUUCCAAAUAUCGACCUUGUUUUGGAAGGCAGUAAUGUAAGGAUGAGACUUUAUGGUGCAAACUCAAUGGUGGAAGCCAAGAAGAAUGUAAUAUGUCUUGCAUUUAUUAAUGGAGGAUUUGAGUCAACAACAUCUAUUGUCUUAGGUGGGCAUCAGUUAGAGAAUUAUAUUCUAGAGUUCGAUCUAACUUCAUCAAAGCUGGGACUCUCGUCGUCUCUCCUGGUCUUUAACACGAGCUGUUCUCAUAGCCGGGUCUAUUAAUUAAUUCCAUGGGUAACUUAAGAUUUGUAAUUUGUUUUGUUCGUCAUUUCUCUUUCCGUUGUAAUGUUUCAAAGCUAGUCUUCCAGAUCGAUAUUGCAUCUGUAUGAUCUACUUUCUUAGCGGAUGAUGUUGUCUAUCUCUUUUUUCUUCUGUAUUAAUUGGAAGAACAAGGGAAAUGUAGCAAAAAGUGAAAGGAGAAUCUUAUUCGUAUUUUAAUAAUGUUUUCUAAGCCUGAGGGCAUGCCUCCUUGAUUAAAUCAAGAGGAAGUUUUCUAAUAUUUUCGUACUUGAGUUUAAUAUUGAUUA